AUGUAAAAAUAGUGUUAUUGUGAAUAAUAAAAUUCAUUAGAUAGUUUUUCUUGUAUAAAUUGUAAAAGAUAUAGCCAUUGGCCAUGUUAUGAUUAUUAGAUAACAGAUAAAUAACCAUUAGAAUAAAGGUGUGUAGAUUGCACAUUUCAAGCAAGCAAUCCAUUUAAAUAAAUUGAAGUACAUUAAAUAAUUAAUCAAAAAGCAUUAUGUUAGAUUCAAUAACAAAAAGAAUAAAAUCUUUUAGAUUGGAAAAACAGUUUAAGAACAAUAGUUUAUGUUUACUUUUGAAGUGAAUAAAUAUUAUGAUGAUAUCAAAAAGAAUUAGAUUAUCCUUUCAAUAUUUUGUAUAAAGAUGAAAGAAUAAAAAUAAUUGUUUGUUUGGCCUAACAAUAAUAUAGAAAUAUGGUUUAAUGAAAAAUAUUAGAUAAAAUAUCACGAGACUGAUUUUGCUUAUGUGUAUUAUAAUUUUAAUUAUUCUAGGUCUCCUAAUCAUAUAGUUUCAGGAUAAAAUAGUAUUAAACUUAUUUUCAAGGAUAAGAAUGAGUUCAAUUCAUUGUUUGGAAUUGUGCUGGUCAAAAAUAUUGAAUGGCAAGAUGUAAAAUAAUAAAUAAUACAUGGUGAUAAAGAUUAGAUAGAAUAAAUUAUAACUUAAUAAAAAGUGUUAUAUUUCGAUAAAAUAAAUAAACCAAAUGAAAAUUAGGAAGAAUGUAUUGAUAUUUAAGUUUAAUCAAACUUAUCUAUUAAUUUAUUAGAUCCUUUUACAUCUUAACAAUUGUAAUUGCCAGCUAGAGGUAAACAUUGUUAACAUAUUAAUUGUUUUGAUUUAAAUUCCUUUUUAAUUUUUAAUUCUUAACCAAAUAAAAGUAGAUGGUCAUGUCCAUAUUGUCAUUUGAUAACUACUUAUGAUUAGAUAUAAAUAGAUUAUUUAUAAGUUAGACUAUUACAGGAUAUUAAAAUUGAUCAUCCAAAUAUUUAUUAUAAAAUUUAAAGAGUAAUAAUAAAUCAAAAAUUUCAAUAUUAAAUAGAUCCAAAAUCAUAGAUUGAACAUAUUUAAAGUAAAUAAUCAAUUUUAAACUCUUAAAAUUUAACAUAACUUAUAAAAAUUAAUAAUAAAACUUUUGAUUUUGAAAAUAAUUAAAUAUAAUUUGAAAUAGUAGAACUUUAAAAAAGAAAUAAUUAUACAUCUUCUUAUAUUACUUUUAAAUCUGCUAAGAAAUUAAUAUAAAAAAUAAAAUAAAAAGAAUUAUUAAAAAAUAUAGUAAGAGAUGCCACAGAAUUGGUUAAUUAUUUUUGUAAUUUAUUUGAUAUCAAAUACUAUGAUAAAUUUAAUAUUUUUGAUAGCUAAAUAGAUAUGUAAUUUCUAGAGUCUCAAUAAGAUUUUGAGUUGAUUUGUAAAGCUAUAUAUGAAAAAACAGUGAGUGGAUUAUUUAUUUAUUUUAUUAGAUAUGCAAAUCCUUCUCUAAAAAUAUUAGCUUAAGCAAUUAUGUAACUUUGCUCUCAUCUUAAAUUAUAACUUAAAUCAAACUACCAAAAAAAAAUGCUUGAGUUAUUUUUAGCUGCUUCUUAUGAUAAAAAUGAAAGAACUUCAUAAGGAUAUAAUUUCAAAGUGAUUUGUAGUUUAUGUAAAGUUUCAAGUGAUGAAUAUACUAAUCAUCUUUUUUACUUAUCAUAAAAGUUAAAAACAAUAUUUUAUAAUAUUAAUAUAAGUAGUUUAUUUAUAGUUCGAAAUUGUAUCAAUUUAAGUCACAUGUUUGAUUAAGAUUGUAUUUUUAAUAAGAUAAGAGUUGAUUAGAAUAUAUAUGAGGCAUCAAUAGAAAGUAUUAAGGAAAUUUAUAGUAUUUAAAUGCUUAAAGAACUACCUUUUGUUUCAGAUAUACUUGCAUUAUUAUUAUAUUUAUUGUAUAAAAGUAAUAAAUAUAAUUUAAUUAUUAGAAGAUAAGAUUUAUGAGAAUAUAUUUAAUUAAUUUAAUGAUUAUAAUUUAGGAAAUGUGAAGAAGAAAUUUAAGAAUUUAGAAUAUAAAAAUGAUUUUUGUUAUUUAUGA